GCGGUGGCGUUAGCGGCUAGUUCCACAGGAGCUGAACCCCUCGAACCAAUGCCUUAGAAAUACUGAACAAUCUGCCUCCCUUGGAUUAUAUGAAUGUUGAUCGUUAAUUUCUGUGGACGUUGUUCUUUUACUGUCACCGAUCAUCACCGAUGUUAGCGUUAGAUAGAGCUUUUAAUCCGCGGUGGCCACAUUUUCCGUGUUUGGCCGUGCUAGUUAGCCUGUUAGCAUAGUUAGCUGAUGAUGGCAGCUCAGUGGGGGAGCGACUCAAAAAAACAAGUCUAGAGGCGGUGGAGGGGAGGGUGUGGCCGGAGCAGGACUGACCCACUCAAGAUGGCGUUGCGUCAGAGGAACUCGGUGCGGAUCCUGUCGAACAGAGAGCGAGGCUCCCAGACGCGAGGCUCCCAGAGGCUGCUACAGCUGCUCGUGGAGGAGAAGGUCCGAUGGAUGAAAUGGCAGAGUCAGAAAGUGGAGCUGCCGGACAGUCCUCGCUCGACCUUCCUGCUGGCCUUCAGCCCUGACAGGACGCUCAUGGCCUCAACUCACGUGAACCACAACAUUUACAUCACUGAGGUGAAGACAGGGAAGUGUCUGCACUCUCUGGUGGGACACCGCAGGACGCCCUGGUGCGUGACCUUUCACCCCACUAUCCCUGGGCUUGUGGCCUCGGGCUGCCUCGACGGGGAGGUGCGCAUCUGGGACCUGCACGGCGGCAGUGAGAGCUGGUUCACGGAGAGUAAUGUGGCGAUUGCGUCUUUGGCCUUUCACCCCACUGCGCAGCUGCUGCUCAUCGCCACCAACAAUGAGCUGCACUUCUGGGACUGGAGUCGCCCUGAGCCCUUCGCCGCUGUGAAGACGGGCAGCGAGACUGAGCGCGUGCGGCUGGUGCGGUUUGAUCCCCUGGGACACAACCUGCUCACAGCGAUUGUGAAUCCAUCCAAUCAGCCGAGCGAGGACGACUCGGAGGUUCCCAUGGACAGUGUGGAGAUGCCUCACUUCCGGCAGCGUUCCUUUCUGCCGUCACAGCCCGUGCGCCGCACGCCUAUCCUCCAUAACUUCCUGCACAUCCUGUCGUCUCGGUCUCCGGCUCAGAGUUCGGAGCAGCAGCGCCCCCUGGGGGAGGGGCCCUCCAGUGACCCUCCCUUGCCUCAGUUCUCCUCAGAGCGUGGGCCGUUUCCUGGCUGCACGCAGCACCUGGGGCUGGUGUGUCUUUGCAGUCGCUGCUCCACAGGGCGCCCGCCUUUGGCCCCGGAGCCCUCGGGGACCUCCCCUGAGCCCCCUUCCUCCUUCUCCUCUGCCCGCACUGAGCCGCGGCCUCUACCCGAGCGGCCCUCCGCCUUCACCAGUGUUUACUACAGCGGCGCAGGCCUGUCCAGCCUGCCUCCCACGUUGCCCCCCACCCCGGGACUGGAGCCCUCCAGAGGCCCUCCAGAGUGGCCUCGCGGGCCCCUGCUGCCCCCCCGCACCUCCACCCCCUCCUCCGUCAGCCUGCUCUCCGCCCUGCGACAGGACGGACGCUCGUACUACACCUCUGCCAAUGAGGGCCGCGAGCGGGACACGGGCACCAGCAGUGGGCAUCACCCAUUCUGGGAGGGUGCGCGGAGCUCCGCCUCCUUCAGGAACGUGCUGCAGUGUAACUUGAGCCGCUACUUCAUGGAGUUUGACCGUAUGUCCGAGCUGGACCCUCCAAACCAGGAGCUGCUGAACAAUAACCUGGAGCCGGAGCGUCCAGGGCCCUCUGCCCCGACCAUCAUCCACUAUCAGCCCCCCGCCCCUCCUCCUCCGCCCCCCUCUGAGGGCCCCUCUGCCCCCGGGGCCAGGGGGCACCUGAACCGCUGCAGAGCCUGCCACAAUCUGCUCACUUUCAACCAUGACUCACAGCGCUGGGAGAGGACUGCGCCCACUGCCUCCACCUCAGCCACACCCCUCGACGCGCCCUCGCCGUCAUGGCGACCAGAGGAGGGGCCGGAGCGGCGCCCAGAGCCCGAGCAGCCCCCCGCCCCUCCUCCCCAAGAGCAGACUGUGGGCCUUGUGUAUAACCAAGACACUGCACAGUGGGAGAGGGUCUAUCGCCAAACCUCCAGAGAGCAAGAGGCCUUAAGCCAAGAGGUGCCUGUGGACCCGCCUGACGAGGACUCGCUCAGAAGGCGUCUGCUCGAGUCCUCGCUCUUGUCUCUGUCCCGAUAUGACAUGACAGGCUCCAGGGACCACCCCAUCUACCCCGACCCCGCCAGACUGUCCCCAGCUGCAUACUACGCUCAGAGGAUGAUCCAGUAUUUGUCUCGGCGCGACAGCAUUCGGCAGCGCUCGCUCCGGUACCAGCAGAACCGGCUCCGGGCCAUGUCCUCCUCUGCAGACAGCCCCCAGAAUAACUCCUCGGGAUCUAUGGACAACAGCGACGUGGACUUUGAAGAGCUUGAUGACAAUGGAGACCGAGCGCGACACAGGACACCUCGAAACGCCCGGAUGUCUGCACCUUCACUCGGACGAUUUGUUCCACGACGGUUCCUUCUCCCCGAGUACCUUCCCUACGCUGGGAUCUUCCAUGAGAGAGGGCAGCCUGGUCUAGCCACUCACUCCUCCGUUAACAGGGUCCUGGCUGGAGCUUCUAUUGGAGACGGGCAGUCGGCUGUGGCCAGUAACAUCGCUAACACCACUUACAGGCUGCAGUGGUGGGACUUCACAAAGUUUGACCUCCCAGAAAUCAGCAAUGCCUCCGUAAAUGUCUUGGUGCCAAACUGUAAAAUUUAUAACGACGCAAGCUGCGACAUCUCCGCGGAUGGUCAGCUCCUCGCGGUGUUCAUUCCCAGCAGUCAGCGUGGUUUUCCAGAUGAGGGAAUCCUGGCCAUCUACUCCCUUGCCCCACACAACCUCGGAGAGAUGCUCUACACCAAGAGAUUUGGUCCUAAUGCGAUCUCGGUCAGCCUGUCUCCUAUGGGCUGUUACGUGAUGGUGGGUCUGGCCUCACGCAGGAUCCUGCUGCCUCCCACCACUGACCACAUGGUGGCACAAGUGUUCCGCCUGCAGCAGCCGCACGGAGGAGAGACGUCCAUCAGGAUGGUGUUUAACGUGGUGUACCCCAUGGCUCCGGAUCAGAGGCGUCACGUCAGUAUAAACUCGGCUCGGUGGCUGCCUGACCCUGGGAUGGGCCUGGCCUAUGGGACCAACAAAGGAGACCUGGUCAUCUGUCGCCCAGUGUUUUAUCGCAGUGACGGAGAGAGUCCAGCCGAGUCCAGCUCUGAGCCUCUGUUCAGUGUAAACAACAGUGGGACCAGUCGCACCAGAGGCACAGACCGCCCCGGUCCGACACGCUCUGGCUGGAGGUUGGACCGGGACAUGGGUCUGAUGAACGCGAUUGGUCUGCAGCCUCGUAACCCCGCCCCCUCAGUGACAUCACAAGGCACUCAGACGCCAAUCAUCCAGCUCCAAAACGCAGAGACUCAAACAGAGAGAGAACCGGAGCCCAGCACCUCACACGCCGCACUCAAUGUAUCUACAGAUGCUCCCUCGACCAGUGCUGCUGCUGCUCAGUCUUUUUCACUGGACUCUGGUUCGGAGCCAUCUGUAGAUGGGAACAACGCCUCUGCUACCUCCAGCUCAGGAGAGUCUUCGGAGCUGGUGUCGGGGGAGGACGCUCUGGCACGUAUCCGGCGUCUGAUCGCGGAGGGAGGGAUGACGGCGGUGGUACAGCGCGAGCAGAGCACCACCAUGGCCUCGAUGGGCGGCUUCGGCAACAACAUCAUCGUGAGCCACCGGAUCCACCGCGGCUCCCAGACCGCCACAGGCCACGCCCCUUCGACGUCGGGCUAUACCCCCUCCACGUCAGACCACGCGCCUUCCACUUCGAGCCACGCCCCUUCGACACCUUGCCACUCUCCGUCGAUACCUGGUCACGCCCCUUCCACUUCUAGCCACGCCCCUUCAGCUUGUAGUCAUAGCCUUUCGACAAAUGGCCACGCCCCCUCGACAUCAAGCCACGCCUCUUCCACUUCCAGUCGCAGCCUUUCAACACCUAGCCACGCCUCUUCAACUACUGGUCACACCCCUUCUACUUCUGGUCACGCCUCUUCAACACCUACCCACACCCCUUCCUCUUCUAACCACUCCCCCUCCCCCUCUAUGCCAACACAUAGCCCUGCCCAUUUAAGCACACGCCACACCCCUUCAACUUCUGGCAGCCCCGCGCCUUCUUGCUCAAACUCCGCCCCCUCUUCGUCCAUGGCGAUUUCCUCUGUUUAUACUUCGUCGUCGUCGUCAUCUUUGCCCCGCCCCUUUUCCCAAUCUGUCCAGGCGCAGUCGGCGUGGGGGCCUCAGUCCCUGCUCUCAUUGGAGGAUGUAUUCGAAGGACCCGCCUCUUCUGCUUCUUCCUCAUCAAACUCCUCCCCUUCCUCCCAAAGCCCCGCCCCCAGUCCAGGUCCAAACUCUUACCAUGGCGACCCGUACAGUAGGUAGGCCCCCGAGAAUACGCAAGAAAGAGACGCUCGAAAUGGCGAUUAAGUUACAAAAACAAAGAAAAAGCCUUAUAAUCCAGGGUUCCUACACAGAUACACAGGUGGAUGCUUGGUUUUAGCAGGUUCCAGGUUAAAAAAAGUAUGGGGCCAUUGUAUUUAUAAUUUUUUGUAAAUUAUGUUGCAUUUUUUGGUUACUUAAUUCUGACUUGCAAAAUCCACAUUUGGCCUGUGACAAAGUGGCAUAUUUAGAACUGCUUUUCAACAGUGUAAGAAUGACAAAUCUUAAAGUUCCACUGCGUAACUUUUUAUUAAAGAGGGGAUAUGCCACCAGUCUGUCUCCAUGGAGAUGUUAUUGCUGUGCCUGGAAUUUCCCACACUAUGGCAUUAAACGUAUCUGUCUAUUAGUAUUUAUCACAUUACAGGUGUGUUUAUAGCUGAAAAAUGCCUUGAAAAACACGUGUUCUUACUGUGAGCGGAGUCGCCUCUCCACUGAUCUGACGUGUCACUUUGCCUGAUGGUGUCUGUCAGAAUAGGUACACCGAAUGCUGUACUGCGUAACGUUCUCGGCAAAGCAAUGACAUCACCAUGGAGACAAGGAGGCGCUGUAUCCGCCACCAUGAAAGUUCCACAGUGUCUUUAAAGCAUUUAGAUAUGAAUAGACAUUUCAGUUGUAUCAUGUCACAAAUAUCCAGUUUGAGAACCACUGCUCAUUGUAAAGUCUGUCGUUUGGGCAAUAGGAGUUUGCCUUCUGCAGGCCAAAAAUAAGAAAUUGUUUUUUUAGUAGAGUUCGGUUGUAAAAUAUCAUGUUUUGAUUUUUUUUUUUUUUUCCUUAUUUAAUUUACUUUUUUUACUGUUUGGAAAAUAAACUGAUGUGCAGUCAAAAUAAAACCUUACAUCAUCUGUGUACAUUUCAUUAAAACAUACAGUGAAAGAUUUUGUAAACUUUUGUAGAUUAAAAAAGCAAAACGUUUACUUUUUUUUUCUUUUUUUUUUUGUAAUAAGCUAACAAUUUUGCAGCAUUGUUAAUUAGAAAUAAGAUUACUUUUUUUUAACAGUUGUAAGUUUUCCUGUCAGGAAUUUCUUCUAAUAAUGUCAAGAGUUUUUCUCGUAUUUGAAAAUUGGGAUUCAAUAGAGCAGUGGUUUUAAAACUUUACAGGAUAUUUAAAACGUUUUCAUGUACCUAUCUUCCAAAAUGGUUCUAAAAAACUAAAGAUUACGUUAUUUAAGAAUUAUGUAGACCUAAACCAGACCAAAGUUGAGACUGAAAUUGUGAAAUAAUCUGCAGUACUACAGGAUUAACCAGGCCUAAACUAGUACUUUAGAUAAAAAAAAAAAAAAACUACAAUUUUUUUAUUUUAAUCUGUACAGUGAGCAGUAAGAUAAUCAAAUUUAAAGCUGUUGCAUUGGCCCCAGUAUUUUACAUAAACAGUUCACUGGAUCAUGCUCAAAUAAUUUUCAGUUUUUAAAAAAUGGAAAUUUGCAUGUAAAAAUUUUGAAAAUUCAGCAAGCAAAUUGUGUAGGAACCCUGUCUAUCUCUCAUUGAAACGGUGCUGCUUGGAGUUGAAGGGACAUGGUAUACCAAGAACAUUACUACUACUACUACUACUACUACUACUACUACUAUUACUACUACUACUACUACUACAAGUACCCCUUCCCCUUUCUUUGCAUUUUAAGAGAUUUUACUAUCAAAAAACAUGGAAAAAACUUCAAACUGUUGCCCUUGUGCUCCUUAAGUGGCAUUUUCGUGCACUUACAACAACAAAAACUGCUUGAUCAUUCCACAGUUGAAGAAAUGGAAGAAAGGGCUUGUACUUGAAAGGUUUAACAAAAAAACAAAACAAAACAAAAAAAACACGGAAGAGGAAUUUUGGUAAAAACAAAAAAAAAAUCAUCAAAAAGUGCCAUCGUUUGAGGCGGGACUUGUACAAAAAAAAGACGAUAAACGUGGAGGAUACUACCGACGAAAAACUUUUUACUCCAAAAACCGUGCUGCAUUGGUGCCAUGUGAUUGUGUGUGAUUGAAGUGUAAAAUUGUGAAAAAUUGGCGAAAAUUUCUUGAAGCCUGGAAUUUUUCGGGGUUUUUUUUUCUUUUUUUUUUCCCCCCUUUUUAUUCUAAACCAUGUGUUGAAGUUACAAAACUGUACAAUUAUGGUUACCUGUGCUGAUUGGGUCAAAUUAAGGGACGCUCCGAACUACUACUGGUUUUGUCGUAAAAACUUAAAUGCAUGCAUGGUCUGCUACAUUUGAAGGCAGCUAAGUUGAAGUUAGUAGCUAGAUUUUCAACAAUUUUGUGGUUGACCAAAGCGGUGUUAAUAGCUUAAAGUAAAGCUAACGUGCUAAGCUAACGUGCUAAACUAAGUUUUAUUGAUGACUACUUUCUAUUUACUUUUUUGCAAUACUUUCAGUCAGUGGCACCCAAACAAAGCAUUUAAACAAGUUAACAAAUCCAUAAUCUAAAUGCUCGUGUAUUGAUACUUUGCAAUGACAUCGCGCGGGGGGUGUUCUACGUGGCGGUGGCAGAAUUUUCAUAAGUUACCGUGGUGACUAGGGUGACCAGACGUCCCUAUUUACCCAGGACAGUCCCAGCCUUGAGCUUUGUGUCCCCUGUCCCAGCAGAUUUAUACAAAACCAGUGAUUUGUCCCAUUUGUUUAUACAAGAAAUUUCCCAGGUGUCCUUAUUUUUGACCAAUUUGAUCUAAACCAGGUCUUAACCAGGUCUAGGCUAAGACUAAACCAGAACUACAUCAAGUCUAAAAUAGGACUGUCACAAUUUUUGACUAAUUUUUGAUCCCAGCCAACAGUAAAGUGGCAUAAAUUGUCAUUUGUUUAGGAAAAAUACAGUAAAGCUGCUUAAAAUUACCAAAGCACAAAGAAAAUGUGACUAUACUGACACGUUAGUCAUGAAUGAGUGGAGUGCAGAAUGAUUUUUUUUCUCAAAUAUGCACUCCUUUCACAAUUUUAUUAUUACCAAACACAACACAGUUUUUGAUUUUGAAAAUCUGGUCACCAAAAUCUAGUGACUCAAUUGAAAGAUUAGCAAACCCUCUCAAAAAAGAUUGAUUAAUCAGCUAUGGAAACCAUCUGACCUUGCAGCUUUAGGAUUUGUUCACUCAACGGUUAGGGUUAGGUAUCGCUGCUAUUUGGUCGUGACAUACACUAACCAGGCUAACUGGUAUAUUAAGCUUUUCCCAAAUCCCAUAGGAAGAAGGACAAUAACAUCUUUUCCCUUGAUAAAAUUCAACAAACCUCUUUGUUCCGGCUUUAAAUCCUCGAUCUCGCUAACCAUUGCCAACACAGAAUGUAUGGCUCUUCGCUGAUUGGCUGGUGCCUGGACUCGCACUUCUGGGGUUCGUACAAACCGUCUAGUGUAUUCCGAUUCCUGACCUCAUCGCUGGAGAGAAAUUUAAAUGAGCAGAGACACUAGGUGGCGCUAGCAUGACUAGUAUCUUUCACCUUUUUUGUUGAAAAUCAAACUGAAAUCAAACCUGAAUAACAGUCUUUUGAGUAACAGAGCUUACAGUUAGCGUUACAUCCUCAUGGAAUAUUGAUGACAUCAGCUGCAAAGUAUCAAUAGGUGAAGUACAGUAAAUAUUAAAGGCACUGUACCUGAUUUUUGCUGACUUACAAAUGUGAAAAAACUAACUAGAUCAUUUUAAAUGGUUUGUAGUGGUCCAAAGUUAUUCCUCACUUACUUUAGGCAUUCCGAGUAUCCUAAUUAUUCACCACUAUGUGUUUAUUAGCACUUUUCAUAACUUUCAGAGACCAGAGUGGAGUCCCAACAACUAGCAUGCUAAUUUCUCUCAGUUCUCAAUUUUUUACUUUAAGAGUUGCUUUUACGAUACAUCUGUAGUGAGGCCAAAUCGGUUUUACUCUGUUACAUUAAAAAAUCAGGUACAGCUCCUUUAGAACUCCAACUCAAAGCUUGGCGGUUCGAUUCCAGCUCACCCCAGGGUGUAUUGUUGUGUCCUUAAGCAAGACACUUAAGUCACAUUGCCUACUUUUUUUGUAAUUGUUAAGUAAAUUCUGUCAACGCAAUCUCACAUUUUGAAUCUCAUAAACGAUUUUGAAAGAUUGAAAGGCGCACUUAUGUAAUUUUCUGGCGAGUGAUCCACUGAUCGCUUGUUUGUCGUCAUGGAGAUGUUGUUACCCAGCCUGAAAUGUUCCGCAGUAUAGCGUUAAACAUAUCGAAUUUGCCCUUAAUCAGAUGCUCCUGCUUUUAUUACACAAAAAUAACUCGGAAAAGUCUGCUGCUUGUUUCCUCGGAGACAGAUGCGGUUAACGUCAUACCGUGGAACAUUCCAGGCGAGGCAAUGACGUAUCCAUGGAAACAAACAAGUGACGGACUAUAUCUUGAAUUGUCUUCUCUACGCAGCUAAUCGACUUCGAAGCCAGCAGCUACUAUUCUAUAAAUUUCUAUGAAUAAUUUUGCUUUUACUGCUUUGAAAACCCUUUGACUAUACUGACAACAUUGUAAGAUCUUUUUACACUUCUUCUAAUACUCUUAAGACAUUCUUUUCAACAACCAAUCAGAACCGAGCGUCCUUUUGUUUUCCACCAAUCAGCCCUCAGACUUGUAUCAUGGCCUAUAAUUUUGAAACUGCUCAAAAACCAAUGAAAUCCAAUGACUGAAAUCUAUACCGCAUGUUGCCCAUUCUACAAACACGUAUAUCACAUAUUUGUUAAAAGUGCAUAUGACAGGUUUUCAUGUUUUUCUGUUUUCUGACUUCUUUUGGCGGGAUAGUACACGUUUUCAAUAUUUAUCAUAGUUUUACACCAGUUCAGUGGCAAUUUGUGUGGGGAAAAAAGUCAAAAAAGUACAAAAAUACAGAAAGAAGAGGUGCGUUCUAAAACAAAAUCCCCCUACUUAUGUUAUCAACACCGAUACUGAUACUUUGGCUUUGUAUUUAACGUUGCAUCUGAACACACGCACUGAUCCAUAUAAACGCACUCUUUCUGCCCUCCACCACCGCAGCAGCACAGCCACCAGCCGCCUCAGCCUCUCCGCCUCCUCCUCUUCACCUGCGCCCAGUGCUGUCACGAUGCUAAAAUUUCAAACUUGAUUUCAGUAGUAAGGAAUAGACUUGAUAUUAAAUGCUGAUUCUAAUACUGCAGUUUCCACAUUUAUAUGAGAACUUUAAUUCCAAAUAAAAAUUAAUGUGCUUUAAAAACACCAUGCAAACAGUUAAUUCCUAAUGAAAAUUAUUAUUCAGACUUAAACUUAAUUCCGAAGUAAGUGGGUGUUUUAUUCUGAGUUUAAAGCCAAAUUAGUUUAUCCCUCGAUCAUGUAAAUGUUUAUUCUUCUUAAAAAUAAUUCCGAUCAUUCAGUGCAUGCUCGUUGGGUCGCCCUUCUGAUGCAACCCGGACGAUCCAGCUCCACCAGUCCUGGCUUCGGACUUUCAUCCACUGCUCUUUGGAUUUGCGAGCGGGAUGUGGGCUGAGGUAGAGCAGCCGUCGAUUCGGUUUGUCUUCUUCCUCCUUUCUCCGACUCUCUUCCCUUCUCCUCCUCAGCUGACAGACGUAAUGAGAAUUCUCCAGCUGCUGCUUCAUUAUCAUCGAAACGACUGCGAAAAAAGUUCGGAUCAUUUUUUUGCCCGUGGCGUGACGACAAACCGAGUUGACAAAAAAGCCGGUAGCAGCUGAAGUGUGUCUUUUCUGCUGGUCGACGUAAAUACGUUCAUGUCCCUGUCCAAUCCGAACCCUUCCUGAGCCCAGAGACAUUGAGCGGAAUUAAAUAAAAGCGAUUUAAUGUAUUUUCUAUGUAAAACCUAAAUUCGGAAUUAUUAUUUCCAUGUAAUAUUACAACCGAUACUACAGCAGAGAAUGAAAAUAUCAUUUAUUUCCUUUAAUAUGUUCUGUAACUUAUUUACUUUAUUUAACAUUUCAAGUAACUACAGAACUGCUUUGUAAAAAUACUACUUUUAAUAAUACUAGGAGACAUUUUGGACCAACAUUGGGUGGUAAAUUGUCUUAUUACACCAGUUUGUAGAGCAAAUGGGAUAUCUGCUGAACCGAUAUCUUAGAACCGAUAUCAGAUCCACCAAAAAUUGUCAAUAUGAGCGCCGAUAUCUGAUUCUAAUACCAAAUCAGCGCAUUUCUAAUCAACAUGGAAGAUUCUAUUCAAAAUGUAGAGACAACUUAUUUGCAAGGAAGGUAUUUUUUUGACAGUUUAAACCUGAAUAAUGUUUUUUUUUUAAUUAUUCUUGUGUAAGUUAGAAAAGUUUUGAUCCUUGUUCAUAUUAUGGUUGCUAGGUAACAGUUAUGGCAUUACCUUUACACAUUUCAUAUUGUUUCGUCAUCACAAACACACCCAGAGUUGCGUUGUCGUUUCCUUCACACAUUUAACACACAAACCCUGCAUAUUUAGCCUGAGUCCUUCUCUCAAACGGAAAACGCUCUGUCCCACCUUGUGAUGUCACGCGGUAAUACAGGAAGUGCUCCACUGUGUUUUUUUUUUGUUUUUUUUAACUCCAUACACCUUCACUGGAAUCAUUUGGGUUAUUUCAAGCCCUGGAAUUCCCAAUCUCUACUGAACAAAAGCUAAACGGUAGCUGUUAACUUGAAAACUACCGUUUCGUGACAUCACAAAUUGGAACAGAGUGUUUGGAGCAUUGGAGAGGUAGACAGACUGAUAAUAAAGGGUUACUCAUGUACAUGACAUGUGUGAAUGAAACAAAACCCAACUCCAGGUACAUUUUUUGAGGAGGUAAUUCUGAAUUCUGAAGCUCACAAGAGUUUGUUUUGCGCAAUAUAGGACUUUUACCUGUCAUAUGCACUUUAUAUUUUUAAGGCUGUUAAGAAAGACAAACAUUUCAACUUAAAUUUUGUCACACACACACCUGGUUGCACUAUUAAUACUGUUGUAAAAAUGCUGAGGCAAAUGUGUGAAAGCGGGGAAAACUGUUCAACUCUGACCUAAAAUCCUGCCGUUUAUUAUCUGAUUUUGCACCACAAUGUUCUUUUUUUUCUCAAUUUGAUUCAAGUCUUUGGUCAUUUUCUUUGUCAAUUUGAUUCUCAUGAUGUUUCCAUAGUUUUCAUUCAUCAUUUCUUUAGGUUUAGUGCUAGUAGCAAGAAGUAAGGAUGUGCGUGUCUGUUUGAUUUUACGUCAGAUGCCCAACCAUACAAUGGUUCUUACUGAUUUUUAAUUUCAAGCAUAAUUUUUUGCCAAUUUGACACAUAAAAUUUUAGAUUCCAAAUGUUAUCAACCCUUUAAUUGUAGCCCAAUGAUUUGUACGUUUACUUGUUAUGCCAAAUGCCCUCCCUGAUUUAAAUUCGAUGCCAAAUAUUUCACAAUUCGCUCAUACAUUUUCUGGUUUUGCAUUUAUUUUCUAUCUUCCUUAUAUGAGCUGAACAAACCAAAACUUUUAUCAUUUCAUGCCACAUUUGAAACAUAAUUUUUCAAUCAAAAAGUCCUCACAAUGGCAGCUUUGUCUUAGUCCUUAUUGUGGAUUUUAUUGACAAAUUUAAAGUUACUGAAAACCGAAAGUUUAAGUCAAAUAUUUUUCCAUUUUUUCAUUCAGAUUUGAACAGUUUUCCCCUAAAAUGUCUGUGUUACAUAUGAUUGAAUUUUCAUUUUAUUUCUCAGCUGUUUUGAUCCUCUUCCUCCCCAAACUUUUACAGAAAGAAACUUGAAUCUUUGCUCAAAUUUUCUUUCAUGUGACGGGACUGUACAGUUUGUUGGCUGCUUUUUAAAAUAUUUUGUUCAUUUUUUUAAAGUCUUGGACAGUUGUUUCGCCUGUUUUUUGCGUGAGUGAAUUGUUAUCAUGGACCUAUUUUCGGAGGCCGUUUACUUGGUGGAUUUUGUGUGUUCGCAGGGUUAACAAAUCAGGGCUUAACCCGCCUAAUCUGCAGCGGCUUCGGAGGAAAGAAUACAUGGAAAACUUGGUUGGUUUUGGACAAAAUGGUCAACUACGAAUUAGAUAGACAGGAAGUGGAGCUCAGUAAAUUUCUCUUUAACUUUUACAAUACUCUUUUCAAACUAAUUUCGGUUAGUGCCUCUUGCCCUUACACUGUAUUCCAAAGUGGACUAAGGCUGCAGGACUUAACGCUCAAUUCAGAUUUUUUGUGAAAUCAGAUUUUUUUGCGAGGUCAUUCACAUUUCCAGUUAAAUGUGACUUGGUAUGUGAUCUCUGGCGUGAACUUUAAAUGCCCUAAAAGUGUCCUGUAUGUGCAUUGGAGGACACGACGAUGUUGCACGCAGCGAGUGUGCUCAGUGUUUACAGAAGUAGCCUAAACGCUGAGGUUGUCUCCCAAAUUAUGGUCCAGUUCUUGAUAAAAUGACAGAUUACACAUCCGUGGCUGCUUAUUUUGUUUGAGUCUUUAGCCACCUUGUAUUUGGCUCGCAGACUCUUUAUUUUUUGUUGACAUUGAAGCCAGGACCGCCUGUGCCAAAAAAAUGACCGCCUCAGACAUUUCUUUGGCAAUCAUUUCAAAAAACGCACAGUUCCAAUAAGACUCCUCCAAUUUGGCCUGAAUACAGCGAUCCCCCCAAAUAUUAAUUAACUCACUAACCUCGCUUUCCCUUCAGUGAUUAAACUCAGAGUCUGUCGUGUAGGUGGGAUGAAUGCAACCUGGCUGUUCAGACUGAAGUUGCAUUUGAAAAAAUCGGAUCUGUGUCAUUAAAAGAUCAGAUACAGGUCACAUAGGGGCCAAAAAAAUCUGAUUUGGGUCACUUCUAGCUGCAGUCUGAACGUAGCCUAAGCGUGUGAUGUCACCCAUAGCGUUCGGCUCCAGUCAAAUGAAGCUCACCAAGGCUGGCGGUUAUAGGGGCGAAUUUGUAUCCGAGUUCCAUAUUUGGAAUCCAACUAUGAGUAUCAUAGCAACCAAAGAGCCAAUACGAAGCGAGGCUGUUGAAGGUAAACUCCUGGCACCUGGUCUGUCUCGUAUUAAUGUUCCCAUCUUGACUGAUACACAAAAUAGCGAAAUAAAAACACCAGGAUCAUGUACAGUGGGUUAAUAUGAACAUUUUAAGACAAAAAUGAGGAGUCUGACAGCUUCGGGUGUAGCGUAAAUUCUGCGCCCUAGAUAUGAAUCUGUUUCUUUACAUGUUGUCUAAAGAAAAAUGCAUAUUAGAAGACUUCAUGAGGGGCCCAUGUUUGCACUGGGCCCCGGGUAAACAAUACUCUUUACCCUUUCAAUCUGACGCCCCUGCUGACAGCUGCAAUUAGAGAUACGGGUGACAGUUUUUCAGUACAAAGUGAAUUGGAGCCAGUCGAUUGAGCCACGGUGAGCGUAAUUUGACUUGAGCCGAACACUAUGGGUGACGUCACACUUUCUUAGUCCACUUCUUUAUACAGUUUAUGUAAUUUACAAGACUUAAAGCUGCCAUGUGUAAAGUCAUUUGAUAAUUUCUUACCAGUAGAUGGCCAAAGCAGACACACUGUCAGGCAGCAGUAAUGUAGAUAGCAUCUAGUGGUCAUCCAAUUUAGUUAAAAAUGGUAGCUUUGAGUUAAAUUUUUCUGAAAACAGUUUAAAGUUGAAGAGAAUUUUGCUUUGAUUCAGUCUGUAAAAGAGAACCUGAAUAUUCUGGGACUAGUUAAAAAUAUAUUACAUUACGCCGUUUUCUGAUCUGUUAUAAUGUUGUUUCCUCAUCGCCAACAGACCUAGAGUUGUGUUUUAUUUCAUUCACACAUGUUUAACAUUCAAACUCUGCACUCUGUUCCACUUUGUGAUGUCAUGUGGUAAUGUGGAAGCACUCCACUGUGUUUUUAAACUCCACACACCUUCACUGGAAUCAUUUGGAUGUUUUUAACCCUGGAAUUGCCAAUCUCUACUGAACUAAAGGUAAAAGGUAGAAGUUGACUUGAAAAUGAUCACUUCAUGACAUCACAAAGUGGAACAGAGCAUUUCGAGCUUUGGAGACAGACUCAAACAUGUGUGAAUGAAACAAAACACAACUCCAGAUACAUUUUUGAGGAGGUAACAAUAUUCUAACUUGGCUUAAAGCUCACAAGAGUCAAUUUUGUGUAAUAUAGGACCUUUAAAUAAAACCUAACCCUAACUUUGCGUACAAAAUUUGACCAUUUUCAAAACCAACCUGCGUUUUCAGAGUGAUUUUUUUUGGAUAGCUGUUGAACUGAAUGAUCCUGGUUUUACUUGAUCAACGAACAUUUUACAACUACAAAACCCCCAAAUAUCGAGACACCAGAGAAAAGAUUUCUCAUUCUUCUCCCUGUAAAAUUUAAAAAACGACAAACUAAAUUUACAAAACGGUACAAAUUACGAAUAUUUUUGCUUUACCGCGUCGCAAAGUGGCGCCGGCUUGUACAGACCCUAUCGAUUUUUUUUUUGUAAUUAAACAUUUUUGACGAGAUCGUGGUCGGAUUAAGAAAUGUUACAGAAAUUCAAAAUGUUAUCAAGCUUCAAACCCACGUCUUUUACCAGUUUAUUCUAUUAUUGCUUUUAUUAGCAACUGGCAAUGUAAAAAACGGCUCAGGUUGUCAUUAGAAGAGUAGUUAAUAAAUUAUCUGGAUGAACCUGA